AUAGAUAGUAGAAAGAUGAUGAUGGCUCAUAGUAGCACACAAUAACAAACCAUUCAAUUCAACAAAAAAUGGCUUCAAUCACCAAAGUGAUUCUUCUUGAUUCUCCUCUUACCUUCAAAAACUCAUUUCUUCCUAAAUCACCUUCACUUUCUCACACCAUUGUCUCUCCAAAAACAAGUAAUCUUGGUUUCAAAGUUCAUGCUCAAUUAGGUGGUCGAGAUGAAGAAUCAAAGAAAGGAGAAAAAAAGAAAUUCAUAACCAAAGAACAAGAACCUGAACAAUAUUGGCAAUCAGCAGGAGAGAGGGAAGGAGAGAAUCCAAUGAAGACACCACUUCCUUACAUUAUCAUAUUUGGUAUGUCAACUCCUUUUGUAAUCUUAGCCAUUGCUUUUGCAAAUGGUUGGAUUAAGGUACCUAUAAGAUAAGACCUAACCAAACACUUUCUUAUAGAUGAUUCCCACCAAAUCUUCAUUCUCACCAAUUUUAUUUUAAGCUAAGCCUGAGUAAAUACUUUAUUUACUUUUUUUUCAUAUAUGUAAUGUACAAACAUUAUGUUAUAAAUAAAUAUUCAAUUCCAGAUA